AUUUUCUAAAUUUCAUUGAGCUGAAUUGAAGAGGAAAAAAAUUUUUGCUUUUAAUUGUUGCUUUUUAUCAUUUGUGUCGGUGGUUAUUUUUUAUAUUACUCAUUCUGAUUAAUUCUGUAACAAUCUGCUUCUAAUCAAUGGAUUAAAUGAAAUUACUUAUUUGGUGUAUAGAAUUGGACUCACUCUGAUGUCACCUUAAAAUCCACCUUCAGUUUUGCUUUUCGUUUUGUUUUAUGGUUUUUGUUCAACGGAAAAAAAUGAUCAACACCCUAUUUCAUUCACUGCGUUUACCAUUUUUUCAAUGAGUCUCAUAUUCAAUCAUUCAUCACAAACAAAAGGAUAAUAUUUACAUUUUCUACUUUUAAUUAACAUGCCUCUGACAACAGCAUCAUCAUCAUCAUCAUUAACAAGUUGACUGCUUUUUUACCAUCAUUAUUAAACUUUAGAAUCGUAGACAGAAUUUAAUUGAACAACAAGAUGAACAAUUGGCGGAAUAGAAGAUCAAAUCAGAACAACAGAUUAACUCCAUCAACAGUUGAUCAACAAUACGAAGGACGUAAAUUUGGAAUCAACAAUCAACCUGAACCACAUAAUUCACAAUUUUACUCAUUACCCUCAUCACAACAUACCAAUAACAAUCACCAACGAUCAAUUAAUGAUCACAGUUUAAUUGAUAAUUGUGAUUAUACCAUAAAGCACCUUGAUCCAUCAGUUAUGUUGGCGACAUUUAAAAAUCAUUGGUAUCAAACAUCAGUCAUCAUGACCCAGAAAACAAUUACAUCCAAUGGAUUCAACCCUCAAGUGCCAAAAUCCAAAGUAAUCACCACCGAUGAUAUAACCAGUGUUGUGAAUAAUAUUGAUCAAAUGAUUGCCUUGCUCCUUCAGGAAGCCAAAAAUUUUACCAACACAAGUAACACCAAAUUAAUUAAUGAUACAAGUUCCUCCCAACACUCAAAAUCCAUGGAUUUAUCUUGCUCACCCUCUCCAUCACCAUCAUCCUUGUCAUCUUCAUCAUCAUCAUCAACCACACUAUUAGAUUACUUUUUAAUGGAAAAUAUUUUAGAUCAAAUAUUCAAUUGGAGCUGUGAUAUCGGAGAGUUCACCAAUAUCAUGAAAAUUGAACAACUCAAAUCUUUUGACCUUCUUUUAAGCAGAUACAAUAAGGAUAAUUGCAUCUUCCAAUCCUCUGUAAUUAAGAUAUUACAUCAACUUUUAUCCCGUUGUAGUAAAACUUGUCCCUUGGACGUUGAAAAACGACUCGUUUCCCUGCUCAAUACGAUUUGUCAAUGUAUUGGACGUGACAAUCAACUUUUACAAUUAUUUUUCAACGAUAAUGGUGAUCAUGAAAAUAGAAACAAUAACGAGCACAAUGAUGAAUUUAAAAAUUCUGAUUAUAAAUCAAAAUAUUUUUCUGAGCGGAAAGAAAUUGAAUCGCGAUUUUUGGUAUUCUCUUUACUCAUUUCAUUUGUCCAUCGUGAAGGUGCCAUCGGUCAACAGGCACGUAACGGACUUCUCCAAAUUAUGCCAAUCUCUCAAACAAACGAAUCACUCAGUCAAUACAUAGCCAAUGACAGUAAUCUAGGUCCAGUUAUGGCGACGAUAUUAAGUGGACUUUACUCCUCGUUACCUCGAAAAUUAAUAACAUUAGACGAUCGUUUACAAAUCACCGAACAAGAUAUCGCCGAUAAACCCGAAUUACAAAAUUUCCUAAGUUCAUUAGAUUUUUGUAAUUUUGUGGUUAAAGUUUCCCAUCCAUUGAUUAAGAAACAAAUGAUUAACCUAAUUUAUCAAGGUUUUCUGGUUCCCGUUAUUGGACCCGCUUUACAUGAGGAAAUGAAUAUACCUCUUGAUAUACUGGAAAACUCAACAAAGCACUCGGACACUAUUCAGCAAAUCAUUACAACCACUUCUUACCUUGAAUUGUGUUUACGCCGAGUGACUGAGCCUCAACUUUUGAAGAUAUUUCUUAAAUUCAUUUGUAUUGAAAAAUUUGACGACCAACGGAUACUCAAUACUCUGAUUGCUCGGAUUCAAGCGACAACCAAGUUAAGCUUAAUCACUUUGGUAUUGAUUAGGACCAUCAUAGACCUUGAUUGUGAAGAUGUUAUCCUUGAAUUGUUAUUAAGAUAUCUAAUCGAUUGUAAAAUUAUCUUUGAUAAUAAACAUGAUCAUGGAAUGGAAUCUGAUGUCUCUGAACAAUUUCUGUAUUCUGCAAAAAAGUUUUUCACCCUUGUGCCAACAUUUAAUCAACAUCAUCAUCAUCAUCAACAACAACAACAAAUACCAUUAAGAUCAUUUCAUAAUUCAUUGAACUUGGAUCAUUUAUCUCCAUCACCAUCACGAUCUACAUCAUCAUCAACUUAUUCCUCAUAUGAUUACAAUGUGACUUCAACAGUUACCCCAGUAAAUUGCUCAGCAAUUAACGCUGACAACAAUUUCUUUGAGAGCUGUUUUAAUUACCUAGAUGAGGCUCACUCUGCAAUACUUGAUUGUAAAGUGAAAACAUCACCAUGGUUAAUUAAAUACGAGUCAAAAAACAUGAAUGGUUCAAACGAUAAUCAAAUGAUUUCACCUCCAUCUGAUUCUGGAAUAUUUUUAACAACCAGUUCGUCCUCCAAUUUUAACCUGGACUGUUCAAAGUUAUCUGGCCUGACCGAUAUGACCUGUGAAAAUAUACAAACACCAACAAUAUCAACAACAACAACAACAACCUCUUCCUCAACCUCUUCACCAACAUCGACAAACGAACCUAGUCACAAUAGCGAAGCCGAAAUGAUUGGACCUUUUCUUUCAAAUUUACUCUCUCGUUUAUCACAAUUACCUUUCAACGAUUAUUACGUAAAUCUACAACUUACCGGGAUAAUCAGUCGUCUGGCAACUUUUCCAGAAUAUCAUUUGAAAUCAUUAUUCCUUAAUUGUGACCUUAAAUUGCACAAAAAUGUUCGAAGUUUAUUUUCCAUCCUGAUUAACCUGAAAAAACAAUUAGAAGAUAUGUCAAGAAAGAUUGAUAAUUUCAAUGAAUUGUAUUUGAAAGAGAAACAAAAUUUAUCCUCAUUAACUUUACCUGUUAAAAGAUCUGGAUCAGCUGUUAGUGAAGAAUCAGAAACUUCAUUCUCAAUCAAGUCAAAUGCAGACAAAAAAGUGAAAAAAAGAAGAAGCUUAAAAUCAUUUCUUCCUUGGGUAACAAGUAACUCUAAACUUGAAGAAUGUCCAUCAUUAGAGUCUCUGGACAAUGGAUACAAAUUCAUUAACAAGAAAUACUUGAUUGAAGAGGAUGAAGGUAUCGAUGGAUCAACUAAAUCGUCAGAAAAUGUUCGUAUCAUUCAAGCUUGUAUAAUUUUCGAAGAGUUUAUCAAAGAAUUGGCAGCAAUUUCCAUGGAACAUUAUUUACUAUCGGAUAUCGAACCUAAUCAAUUUAAUUAUCAUCAAUUGUUACCCCAAAGUUACUUCAUUAACUUUACUACAAAUUGAUUAAUCAAAGUAAUCAAAAACUCUCAUUGUAAUUAGUGUAUUAUCAUGAGAUACAAUUGGAAUUGUAUUGACAAGAUACUCGAAUGAAGGAAAAAAAUCGCUAAUUGUGAUAAUUUUACUCCCAACAAAUUGAACAAAUUGUAAAUAAUGUAAAACAUCAAUGCCAUGAUUAAUAAAUUGAUUGGCUUAAGAAAAGCAA